AUCGAUGAACCGUCUCGUGCCUGUGUGGGCGGGGCGCUCGCGCUCUGCUCUCGGGGCGGUGAGGGCGCGCGCGGCUCGGUGUGGGCGCGCGCGCCCGCUGCGACGUUGCGGAGGCUUCAAGAUGGCGGAAGCCCUGACAGCUCAGGAGCACUGGCUGUGGAGGAGUUCCUGGGUGAGGUGCGUAGCAGGGAGCAGCCUCACAGUGCUGGCCUUGUGUCCCAACCCACGGCUGUAAAGUUUCUUAUGGCCCGCAAGUUUGACGUCUCCAGAGCCAUCGAACUCUUCCAAGCAUACAAGAACACAAGAAUCAAAGAGGGCAUCAUCAACAUCAACCCUGAUGAGGAGCCGCUACGCUCUGAGCUGCUGAGUGGCAAAUUUACAGUCCUGCCUGGCCGCGAUGCAAAGGGCGCCGCUCUAGCCCUCUUCACCGCUCGUCUCCAUCGGCCGGACGUCACCACCCACAAAGCUGUGCUGCAGGCCAUCAUCUAUCAGCUGGACAAAGCCAUAGAGAGUUUACAAACUCAAAGAGACGGACUCAUAUUUAUCUAUGACAUGACCAACUCCAGCUACGGCAACUUUGACUACGAGCUCUGUGUCAAGAUCCUCAAUUUGCUGAAGGGAGCCUUUCCAGCUCGUCUAAAAUGCGUCUUCAUCGUGUCAUCGCCUAUUUGGUUUCGAGCACCUUUCGCGGUCCUCCGUCUGUUUGUGCGCGAGAAGCUGAGAGAGAGGGUGUGCACAGUGAAAGCCCAAGAGCUGCCCAGCCACAUCCCAGUCUCCUCCCUCCCCGAACACCUGGGCGGGACGUCCCAGUACAGCCACGUGGCUUGGAUCCAGUCUUGUGUUAACGUGCACACAAACACUGUUCAGGGUGACACACAAGAACACGACUCGCACGACUGUGUGGGGAGCCUGCUGCGCUCGUACAGCUUGGAGUGCAGCAACACAAGCGCAGGCGCUACACUGUCCCACGCCCACAUAAACACACAGUUAGGUUCCGAGCUGGCCGUGGCGAACUCUAACUGCUACGACGAUAGCAAUGCUAACCCACACAACCACUGCGGGGUGGUGGAUGGAAGGACUCGAGGCCCGGGACAGUCUGCUGCCAACAGGCCGCAGGGGAACCACCAACACUGGAACGGCUCGGCGGUGAGCGGGGACUCGAGCCCCAACGCUAACAUGAAUGGUCGCGGCCGGCAAGCCCCUCCCCAGUCAGACACGCCCCCCGACACACCGCUUUCCCAGAAAUGCGAUGGGGACGUGGUGGACGGCAGGGCGACAGACUCCGGCCACAGGUCUCAGAACGACAGCGUGAAGGAGGAGGACGAGGAGGACGGCGAGGAUGACGAGGAGGAGGAGGAGGAAGAAGAAGGUGUGCCUCCGUUGCCCCAGAAAUCUUUGCCUCGUCCCCCCCACCAGCUGUCCUCCCAGUCCCCUUCCCUGUCUUCAUCAUGGGAUCCCGACGACGAGGACCGCUGCGUGGAGGCGUCCGUUCACAUGCCGGAGCAAGGAGGGAUGACAGUGCACGAGCUGGUGGAGCACGUGAAGAGGAAGAAGAAGAAGGGGAUCUAUCAGGAGUACGAGGAGAUUCGCAAGGAGCCACCAGCGGGCACCUUCGACUACUCCAAAAAACUGUCCAAUCAGAUCAAGAACCGGUACAGCGACGUUCUCUGCCUGGAUCAGUCACGAGUGCGACUCUGCCAGCUCUGUGACGACGAGGACGAGACGUCAGAUUACAUUAACGCCAGUUUCAUGGAUGGGUACAAGAGGGGAAACGCCUACAUCGCAACUCAGGGUCCUUUGCCAAAAACGUUUGGUGACUUCUGGCGCAUGGUGUGGGAACAGAUGGUACUUAUCAUCGUCAUGACCACCAGGGUGGUGGAACGCGGCCGUGUCAAGUGUGGUCAGUAUUGGCCUCUUGAGGAGGGCAGGACCGAGCAGCACGGAUACUUCUUGGUCAGGAACACACACAUUCAGGUGUUUCAGGACUUCAAACUCUCCCAUCUUGAACUUUACAACACACAGUCCGGAGAGAGACGGGAGGUGUGCCACUACCUCUAUGUCAGCUGGCCAGACUUUGGAGUGCCCAAAAGUGCAUCGGCCAUGUUGGACUUCCGUGAACAUGUGCUUCAGAGGAGGGAGGCUGCGGUCCAGAGCCUGGGCUCCAGUUGGACGGGGCCGCCGGGGGGCCCUCCUGUGGUCGUGCACUGCAGUGCUGGGAUUGGCCGCACAGGCACAUUCUGUACACUGGACAUCUGCCUGUCCCGGCUGGAGGACAUCGGCACGGUAGAUGUCCGUCAGACGGUGCGGCGGAUGCGCACGCAGAGAGCUUUCAGCAUCCAGACCUGGGACCAGUACUACUUCUGCUACACGGCAGUCAUCGAGUAUGCCCAGCGCAACGGGAAACUGAGCCCGGUGCAGUGGUCCGACUCAGACCUCGAGACGGACAGCGAGUGAGAGACAAAGCGGAAGGGAUAGAAAUAAAAAAAAAAAACAACGAAUGGGAUAGCCGACCUAAGCCGAAGUCAUAGGAACGAAAAAAAGAGUGAGGAGUGACUCUUCUGCCGUAAGAGAGAAGAGGCGGAGGAGGAUGGAGAUCUUGUUUUGGCUCUUGAUGUGAAGACUCCCACAGUUGCUCUUCCCCUCACGUGAAUGGACAGACAGAAGGAGGCGAAGAGCUGGAGAUAUUAAAAAUAAAUAAAUAAAAAAAAAUACAGGGAGUGGAGACUGUGCGUCACCGAUCGAGCAAGCUGUCCUGCCAAUUUCCGAGCCCCCUUUUUAUUUAGCAAACUACAGGGGGGGGGACUUGGCCUGCCCUGAACCUGUCUUGUUGACAAGAGAGUUGUACGAGUUGUAGCAUUUUUAUAUUGACUUGCACAUGAGGAAUGACAAACUUGAACUUUACCCCUCAAAGCCCUCCAAACCCCCCCAGUCUUUCUUUUUUUUUUUUUUUAAUUAUUCUCCUUUUUCUUUUUUUGUAUUCUCGUUCCGUUUCAACCCCGAACAAGUCUGUGAGCGCAGACGAAGCUGUGAAGGGUACGAAAAAGUGAAACUUGAAACUUCUUUUGUUUUGUUUUGUUUCGUUUGUUUGUUUUUUUUUGAAGAGGAAAUGGUUCUGCGUGAGAAAAUGGUCGUUACGUGACAGUAGAUCAGUGUGAGCCGUUUAGUCCAUUUCUGUUUUUUCUUUAUUUUCCAUGUCCUUUUUUUUUUUUUUUUUUUUUGGUGCAUUUUCUACGUGUGUUUCAUAUUUGUGCAUAUGUAGACUAACUUUUCAAAGCCAAAGUCCUCACCCUGAAUGCUUGGAUGUACUCCUUACUGAGAUAUUAUAGACUGAAGCCCGUGUAUAUUCUUGUAACAUACAUUUAUACAUUAUUGUGCAUAAUAACAAUCUCUGAAAGAAGAGCAAAAAAAAAAAGAAAGAAGAAAAAAAAAGAAGCAGCCUUGUUUUAAUAUAAUUGACUUAACCUUGAGAAGAAAUAUCUAUGUAGCGAGCCAGGCUAUGACAAAAUAUAGAAAAAAAGGGGGUUGUGGUAUUAAAACUGAUAUCGUAUUGCAGAUCCACGUGAUUUGUCAGGUCUAACAUCAUCUUUACUGUCGGAGCGUUCUGAUGGGGACGAUCUUUAAGUAAUUUGGCCUUAACUUGAUUCACUGCCUCAUUGUUCUCAGACCUAAACCAUACCUGAAACUGUAAAACUUUUGGGUCCCCCCCCCCCUUUUCGUCCUCUCUCCCUCGAUACCAUAACCGUUUGUGUUUUGAUUCUCGAGGCACGCUCCGCCUCGGAUAAUUGUGCCUUCAAAGUUUUUUCCUUAGCUUAACGUCUCGCUAGUGUAGUAAUAACACCCAAACUAGUGCACUCGAGUAGUGCACGUCGACUAUGUGCCACGCAGGACACCCACAUUUUGCCUAUAGUCCUGCACCGUAGUGCACUACUUCUGAAUAACACGCGAGUAGUGAGUUAUCUGGGACGAAGCUCUGGUUUGAGACACGGCUAUUCUUUUAUCAUUUGACCUCAGGGGGUAAUUCUAGUGUUUUUUGCCUAGUGUCAAAGAUCCGUUUCUGGGUUUGCCUCUGGUAAAUUAUCAUUUAAGGAAGAAAAAAAAAAAUAUAUCGACUUUAUUUUGUAUUUUUUACUGUAUUGUAUCCUUACUAUAUUUAUGUCUUUGUAAAACUUCUACAAUAUUGAAAUCAGUGAAUGUUGGUACGAUGCUACAAAGAAAAAGGACAAAAAAAAAACAAAAACCAGUUAUUUGCAUUUGAUAAGCUGAACAAAUCAGAUGGGGGGGAGUGAAAAUAUAUUUUUUGUUGUUCACAAUGAAAUUUUUUGGUGGCCAUUGUAUUUUCAGAACUGACUUGUAUAAAUGGUGAUUGUUCGACUGUAGGACAACAGGGGAGGGUCGCGGGGGGGAGCUAACGAUUAUGUUUUUAAAGAGAGCUUAUUGUUAAAACUCUUCAGUAACUAUUAACGUCUUACUGUCCGGUACCCGAUGCCAAGGAUAAAGCAAAAAAAAAAAUAUCAAGACAGAAAAAAAAAAUAAGACGUGUGGCUGCCAUUUCUGUUCACAAACCCCAGCUUGGUGUCUGAGUAAAAAAAAUAUAUAUAUAUAUUAAGAAUGGGUUACGAUUGAUCAGCAUGGAAAGCGAGCCUUGAAUGUUUUUUGGGGUAAUGGUGUCCGAGCAAUUUAGUCGAGACAGACGUGGAUAUUGUUGGUGAAUGUGGACCCUGCAUCCCUCAGUACCAAAGGCCCAGGCUCACCCCUAAAGAUUUUUGUUUUGUUUUUCCCUAUAUCACAUCUUCAACAGCCUCCUUAGCAUGGACCCUUCCAGUCCUUCAAGUCUUGCAUCCACGGACACCGAAAGACUCCUCGGGAACAUUACUAAAGAUUAUGUAUAGCUACAAAAUGGGAGAGUGUGCGAGUGUGUGUGUGUUUGUGUGUGUGUGUGUGAGAGAGUCUUGGUCCCCAUGCUACUUUUUAAUUUUGUUUUAUGAGAAACAGAGAAUGCGACGUGCAUUUGUCAUUGGUGUUCAUUUAAUGUUUCUUUCUGUGCUUUAAGUUCUCGUGAUUGAAUUAUGGCCUUUUACAUGCUGUCAGCCCGGCUGUCCCAUUAAAGCAAUGGUAUUACUAUCU